AUUGCAUUUACAGAGGAGCUAGAAGCAUCCUGAGAUAUCUGAACAAGAGGAGAGUCAAUGACAAAGCUUAUUAUCGUUUAUGCCAUUAGAAGCUGGGAAUGAAAAAUGUCUUCUCUGGAGAUUAGCAUUAGUCAACAAGAAGAUACUAGAUUUAAACGAAUUGCAGAUGUAGUAUCCAACUUGAAGCACACAAACAAAAUAAGAAGGAAAGCAGCACGUUUUUCUCCCCUCGCUGAGCAAAAGCAGGAAAACCUAUCAUCUUGGAUUUCAGAAAACAUCAAAAAGAAGGAGUGUGUCUAUUUUGUGAAAAACCCUUGCAUUUCUGAUUUGAGAAAAAAUGUGUGCAUGUGUGGAUAUACCAAAGAUCAGCAUAUGGAUAUGGCUAUUAGACCACAGUCUUUCGAAAGCAAAGUUUUAUGGGAUUUCAAAGAGCAUAUAAAAGAAGUGCCUACAGAUGCUUUUGGAGAUAUCAGUUUUAUUGGGCUUGGACCAAGAGUAGGAAAGCAGUAUGUGCGGGUGUCCUCUGACACCCCAUCUGAUGUCCUUUAUCAGCUGAUGACUGAACAUUGGGGUCUGGAAGUACCCAGCCUUUUGAUUUCAGUAACAGGCGGUGCUAAGAACUUUCGCAUGCAGAUGAGACUGAAAAAUAUCUUUCGACGUGGCUUAGUUAAAGCAGCACAAACAACAGGUGCGUGGAUUAUAACUGGAGGCUCACAUGCUGGUGUAAUGAAGCAAGUUGGAGAAGCAGUAAGAGACUAUAGCUUUGGAAGCAUCAAGGACAGUGAAAUAGUUACCAUUGGUAUUGCCACAUGGGGAAUCGUUCAUAAUCGUAGAAGUCUGAUAUCUGCAACUGGAGCAUUUCCAGCUGAUUACCUACUAGAAGAGGAGAACCAAGGAAAUCUAUCAUGUUUAGAUAAUAACCAUUCCCAUUUCAUUCUUGUGGAUGACGGAACAAAUGGAAAAUAUGGCGUGGAAAUUCUUCUUAGGGCCAAGCUGGAGAAGUUUAUUUCAGAACAAACUACAGAAAAAGGAGGGGUUGCAAUUAAGAUUCCAAUUGUUUGUGUAGUUCUGGAGGGAGGGCCCGGCACCCUUGAUACAAUCUAUAAUGCCAUUAGAAACAAUACUCCCUGUGUUAUAGUGGAAGGAUCAGGUAGAGUUGCGGAUGUGAUUGCCCAGGUUGCUCACCUUCCCAUUUCAAAGAUCACCAUCUCUCUUAUUCAGGAAAAGAUACGAACUCUCUUCCCUGAUACAUUUGACACUUUCACGGAAUACAAGAUUGCUGACUGGACCAAAAAGAUUCAGGAUAUCAUGAGAAACAACCAGCUUCUUACUAUCUUCCAAGUGGACAAAGAUGACCAGCAUGAUAUUGAUUUUGCUAUUCUUCAAGCUUUACUAAAAGCAUCUUUAAGCCACGAUCAACAAGGUCACGAAAACUGGGAUCACCAACUAAAGUUGGCUGUAGCUUGGAAUAGGGUCGAUAUAGCAAGAAGUGAAAUUUUUACAGAUGAGCUUCAGUGGAAGCCCUCAGAUCUGCACCCACUGAUGACAGCAGCACUGAUUGGCAAUAAGCCUGACUUUGUAAAGCUUUUUCUUGAACAAGGGGUCCGUCUAGAGGAGUAUGCCACCCAGGAAACAAUAAUUAACCUCUACAAUAAUACUGAUCCAUCCUGCCUGUUUCAUAGUAAGCUUGCAAAAGUUUUUGAAGAUGAACGGUUACGAUUAGAAACCUCCAAGUCUUUCAAGCUUCAACUCCAUCAUGUGUCACAAGUCUUAAGGGAAUUAUUUGGGGACUUCACAAAGCACCUUUAUCCAAAGCCAAAGAACUCUGAAAAGCCUUCGGUUUCUAUUGCGGUUCCACAUAUGAAAAUAAACGUGCAAGGGGUUACUCUUAGAUCUUUUCACAAACGCUCCCAAGGCCGUGCACCAUGUACCAUGGAUCCAAUUAGAGAUCUUCUAAUCUGGUGUGUUGUUCAAAACCGAAAAGAAGUUGCGGAAAUCAUUUGGUCCCAGUGUCACGACUGCAUAGCAGCAGCAUUGGCUUGCAGCAAACUCCUCAAGGAGCUUUCAAAAGAAGAAGAGGACACUGACACUUCUGAAGAAAUGCUAGCCCUAGCUGAAGAGUUUGAGCAGAGAGCAAUAGGUAUUUUUACUGAGUGUUACAGAAAAGAUGAAGAGAGAGCUUUAAAGCUUCUUAUUCGGGUUUCUGAAGCCUGGGGAAAGACAACAAGUUUAAAAUUGGCCUUGGAAGCCAAAGAUAUGAAAUUUGUUUCUCAUGGAGGUGUUCAGGCAUUCCUUACAAGAGUGUGGUGGGGAGAGCUUUGUGUUGACAAUGGUAUAUGGAGGGUGAUAAUCUGUAUGUUAUUCUUUCCUCUUAUCUAUACUCGCUUCAUAACUUUCAGAACUACUCCAUGUGCGGCUAAAAAGAUGCAAGCAACAACCUUCAGUGAACGUCUUCAAGCUUUCUUUAUGGCACCAAUAGUCAUCUUCCACUUAAACAUCCUAUCUUAUUUUGGAUUCCUCCUUCUUUUUGCAUAUGUACUUAUGAUUAAUUUCCAACCCUUUCCUUCAUGGAGGGAGCUUGUUAUAUAUGUAUGGCUCUUUUCCUUUGUUUGUGAGGAAGUACGACAGGUUGUAUAUGACCCUGAUGGAUUUGGAUUUCUGAGGCAGGCUUCAAUAUAUAUUAAUGACUUCUGGAAUAAAUUAGACCUCUGUGCAAUUAUUAUCUUCAUUGUUGGCCUAAUUUGCAGGUCACAGCCAGCUACAUUAUAUUCUGGAAGAAUAAUCCUGUCAUUAGACUUUGUUAUCUUCUGCUUACGCCUUAUGCAUAUUUUUACCAUCAGCAAAACACUUGGGCCAAAAAUUAUAAUUGUGAAGAGGAUGAUGAAAGAUGUCUUCUUUUUUCUGUUCCUUCUGGCUGUAUGGGUUGUGUCUUUUGGAGUGGCUAAGCAAGCAAUUUUGAUCCACAAUGAGGUCAGAGUGGAUUGGAUAUUUCGUGGAGUUGUGUACCAUUCAUAUAUGACAUUAUUUGGACAGAUACCUUCCUAUAUAGAUGGUGUUAACUACAGUCCAGACCAGUGUACCCUUAAUGGAACUGAUCCAAAUAAACAGAAAUGUCCAGAAACGAAUGAGACUAACCAGCCAGUCUUUCCUCAGUGGUUAACUGUGAUAUUGCUUUGUUUCUACUUGUUGUUCACCAACAUCCUACUUUUAAAUCUACUGAUUGCGAUGUUUAACUACACAUUUCAACAAGUCCAAGAGCACACUGAUCAAAUCUGGAAGUUCCAACGACACGAUUUAAUAGAGGAGUAUCAUGGUCGACCUCCUGCACCACCACCUUUUAUACUCUGCAGUCACAUGUAUCUAUUUAUUAAACAAGUGAUUCUCCAUGAACCAGCAGGAAGAUUGAAGCAACUAAAAGAAAAAUUAGAAAAGAACGAAGAAGCUGCUCUUCUUUCUUGGGAAACAUAUCUAAAGGAAAAUUAUCUACAGAACUAUCAGCACUUUCAGAAGCAAAGUACAGAUCAGAGGAUUAAGGACACAUCUGAAAAAGUUGCUUCAGUGUUAGAAAUGUUGGAACUAGAACAGGCGAAAAGAACUGGGUUGAUGGAGAACAGACUGCUUUUCCUGGAAGAACAGGCACUGAGGUCUGCUAAGGCUUUGAACUGGAUUGUUAACACAUUACUGGAAAAUGGAUUUGGCUCCAAGGAUUCUGCUCCUGUCAUUGUGUCCAGUAAAUUUAAUGUAACUGAUUUAGGGGAUACCGAGGACGUUAAAAUACAAACUCAUGUCAUUGCGCGAAAUAUUUGGUACCCUGAUUCUAACAUUAUUCGAUUUCCUGUUCCUGAUGAAAAGGUUUCUUGGGAGGUGCACUUCAAGAUUUAUAAUCCACCUUUUUACACUGCUGUAAGAAAAGAUAAAAAGUAUUAUGACCCUUUUAAUGACUCCAUGCAGGCACUUUCAAAAAUCAGUUAUAAUACAAUGGAUGGAAACAUUAACCGUCAAAGCUUUUGUGCAACUUAUGAGGUUAAGGAUGGACUACCAAUGAAUCCAGUUGGUCGGACUGGUUUGAAAGGAAGAGGGAGUUUAUGUUGGUUUGGACCAAACCAUGCAUUGCAUUCUAUAAUAACAAAGUUGAGACGAAAUAAAGAUGGGUCAAUUUGUAGAAAGAGGUCAAAGAAAAUGCUGGAAACCUUAGUUAUUAAGAGCAAGUUAUCAGAAAACUGGGCCCUACCGGGAGGUUCAAUGGAGCCUGGAGAAGCAUUACCUUAUAAAUUAAGGAAAAUCUUAAAAUCUGACUUUCUGUCAACUUUUCAAAGCAUGCUGAAAAAAGGCAUUGAAGUAUACAAAGGAUAUGUUGAUGAUCCUAGAAAUACAGAUAAUGCUUGGAUUGAAACAACUGCAGUCAGCUUACACUUUGAUAACCUAGAUGACCUGCAACUAUAUGCAUUAGAGCAAAAUUUACAGAUACACCAUCAGGAUAUUUUUGUUCGAUGGCAAGUGGUUGACCAGAAGAUACCGCUUUAUGCAAACCACAAAGAUAUUCUUCAGAAGGCAGUAGAUUAUCACCAUGCUUACUAUUAAUAUGUUUGUUUAAAAUACUGUAAAACAUUUAUUAAACUUCAAUAAGGAAAAUGUGCUUCAAAUAAAACAGUUUAUCAGUU